CGUUUACGCGUGUGUUGUGUGCGCCAGUGAGGACGGCCACGCACGACGCCUCUUCUCCUCUCGCCGUCUCGCGCAAUCGCGCGGCCACAAAUAACGCCGCUCCACCUUUUCGCUCCCGGCUCCUCCUCCUCCUCUCAUCCUCUCCUCUCCCACUCCACACCCAGGCACCCAGCUCGAGCGCGACUCGGCAAAUCCAUGGCUCCCACGGCGGCGUCGGCGGCGGCGGGGGAGGAGCAGCAGGCGGUGGGGCUGGCGGCGCGCGACUCCUCCGGCCACCUCUCCCCUUUCGCCAUCUCCCGGAGGAGCACUGGAGAUGACGAUGUGGCGAUAAAGAUUCUGUUCUGUGGAAUCUGCCACUCUGACCUGCACUGCAUCAAGAAUGAGUGGAAGCACUCCAUCUACCCACUUGUUCCUGGGCACGAGAUCGCCGGUGUGGUGACGGAGGUGGGGAAGAACGUCACCAGGUUCAAGGCCGGCGACAGGGUCGGCGUGGGGUGCAUGGUGAACUCGUGCCGGUCAUGCGAGAGCUGUAACAAUGGCUUCGAGAACCACUGCCCGGAGGGCGUCUUCACCUACAACUCCGUCGACAAGGACGGCACCGUCACCUACGGCGGUUACUCGAGCAUGGUGGUGGUGCACGAGCGCUUCGUGGUCAUGUUCCCGGAGGCGAUGCCGCUCGACGUCGGCGCCCCGCUGCUGUGCGCCGGCAUCACCGUGUACACCCCCAUGAAGUACCACGGCCUGAACGCGCCGGGGAAGCACGUCGGCGUGCUCGGCCUGGGCGGGCUCGGCCACGUCGCGGUGAAGUUCGCCAGGGCGUUCGGGUUGAAGGUGACGGUGAUCAGCUCGUCGCCGGGGAAGAAGCGGGAGGCGCUGGAGCGGCUCGGCGCCGACGCGUUCGUCGUGAGCAGCAGCGCCGAGGAGAUGGAGGCCGCGAGGUCCACCAUGGACGGCGUCAUCAACACGGUCUCCGCCAACACCCCCAUGGCGCCGUACCUGGCGUUGCUGAAGCCCAACGGGAAGAUGAUCCUCGUCGGCCUCCCGGAGAAUCCCCUGGAGGUCCCUCCCUUCUCUCUCGUCCACGGGAACAGGACUCUGGCAGGGAGCAACAUCGGCGGCAUGGCGGACACGCAGGAGAUGAUCGAGCUGGCGGCGAAGCACGGCGUGACGGCGGACAUCGAGGUGAUCGGCGCCGACGACGUGAACACGGCCAUGGAGCGCCUCGCCAAGGCGGAUGUCAGGUAUCGCUUCGUCAUCGACGUCGGGAACACCCUCCACGCCGCCGCCGCCGAGUGAUGGCAUCGCCUGCAAACUAUUCGUGUGGUCUGUAAUCUGUAUGAAAUUGUUCAUGGUACGUACACGAUAUAUAGAUUGUGGCGUGUCAUGGCGUAUAGGAAUGAACCCGAUCGAGGAAGCUAUUGUUGGUAGUCUGAUGCUAGUCAGCUCAGUGUUUGACUGUUUGCAUUUACGGAUUGAAAUUGAGCUUUGUGUGGCCUAAGUUUUAUUUUCUAAAGAUUUCAAGUGAAUUUCGUUUUAUUCGAA